ACUACAUGUAUUACAGUAUUCGUAUUCCAGUCAUUCACAGCGGAAGAUUAGAGUCUGUUUUGCAAGAACCUGCCUGCUACAAAGAAAGAAACCCCGGCUAAAGUCUAACAGACCAUGGAGUGUAUUCCAGCCACUAUUGAGGACCUGGAGGGCAAAAAAGACCCAGUCACAGAGGAUUCAGAGCACAAUGUAUACACAAGAUUUAUGAAGUCACACCGCUGUUACGACCUUGUACCUACCAGCUCUAAAUUGGUUGUGUUUGAUACUUCGCUUCAGGUCAAAAAGGCCUUUUUUGCACUUGUUUCCAAUGGGGUAAGAGCAGCACCUCUUUGGGACAGUAAGAAGCAGUGUUUCGUUGGUAUGUUAACCAUCACUGAUUUCAUUAACAUACUUCAUCGCUACUACAAAUCUCCUCUGGUUCAAAUAUAUGAGUUAGAAGAACACAAAAUUGAAACAUGGCGAGAGGUGUAUCUUCAAGACUCUUUCAAACCCUUGGUUAGCAUAUCACCCAAUGCAAGUUUGUAUGAUGCAGUAUCAUCGCUGCUGAAGAACAAGAUCCACAGACUGCCUGUAAUCGACCCUCUUACAGGGAACACACUCUAUAUUCUCACACACAAGCGGAUUCUCAAGUUCCUCAAGCUCUUUAUUUCAGAGAUGCCAAAACCCAAGUUCUUGAGAGAAACCUUAGAGGAACUAAACAUCGGAACAUUCCAGAACAUAGCGGUGGUACGUGCAGAUACACCGCUGUACACAGCAUUGGGUAUAUUUGUGGAGCAACGAGUGUCAGCCCUCCCCGUAGUUGACGACAAAGGUCGAGUGGUGGACAUUUACUCCAAAUUUGAUGUUAUAAAUCUUGCUGCAGAGAAGACAUACAAUAACCUGGACAUAACAGUGACCAAAGCUUUGCAACAUCGCUCUCAGUACUUUGAAGGAGUCUUAACCUGCAAUAGGCAUGAGACACUGGAGGCGAUCAUCAACAGACUGGUGGAAGCUGAGGUUCACAGGCUGGUGGUGGUGGAUGAGCAGGAUGUGGUGAAGGGAAUUGUUUCCCUUUCAGAUAUCCUCCAGGCACUAGUGCUCACUGAUAGAGAAGAAGGCACUGCGUGAGUGUAAACAGGCUUCACAGUUUUAUGAAGAGGCCAGAACAAUGGGAAGAAGAGAUCAGACGUGUGUGAUGUUAUUACAAUAUAUAAUGAAGUAUCACUAAUAUCCAGAACUACUAUAUUCACACAAUGACUUCUUCUAAAAUCUCACGUUCACUAAGUUUUAUCAGCCCAGCUAUAUAUAAUUGUCAUUGUACAGGGAUAUGUAGUAUUUCCUGUUAACCAAAUGUAAAAUCAACUUAUCAUUCCCACUUCUGUGUCUGUCAUGAUGAUGUACACAACUGAUGGACACUAUUGAUAAUCACAGAGAUAUUCCAGAAAAUGAAAAAUUAGUCUAAAUAAUUACAACUGUCCUUUUGUUUGGGAGAACCUAGAAACAAACCAGCCUAUGUAAGAAUAGACUGUGUAUCAUUUGGUGCAUUAUUGCCUGAGCCCUUUUUUUUAAUGAAUGCAAGUAGGAUGACAGUGUCAGUGCAAACUUUCUUUUUCUUUCCCACCGAUAAUUUAAAAGCAUUUGAAGGAUUCGUCUGUAUAUCUCUUUUACACUGAUCAGAUAUACUCUUCCAGUUUGGAAGCUCUGUUGAUGGGUAUACGGUCACUGAAGUUUUUAUCUGAAUGUAUGUGUCAUACACACUGUGCAUGCAUACAGUAAGGAGCUACAUACUACUAAUGUUUGACUAGAACAUAAAAUGACCAGAAAUGAUCCUUAAAACACUAGAGACUAAAACUGCACUUGGUCAAAAAUAAAAACCAUGACCAUCAUCUGAUUUUUUUUAUUUGCCUUCUGCAGGUUUCUGUUUCAUGACCUGCUCCUCCAAGAUAAACAAAAGUCAGUAUUUUAAGCCAGUUUUUUUUUAAGGGACACAGGUUUUCACUAAUUUAUUCAUCUUUCUUGCCAGUGUGUGAAAAUUUCAAGGGCUCAGGCUGUAAACCUUUGUGUAGCUGGGGAAAGUAGCAGGCGCAAUAGAGCACUUUAGGCUCCAAGAAAACCUCACUAGGGUCUCGAACAGUAUCGAUGAGUCUGUUGUCAGAGACCAUCCGUUGUGCUAUUCUUUUACAACAUUCAUUGCUUAAAUGUUCGGUCAUGUCUCUGUUCUGUUCAAAUGUAAUAUACGUUUGACUUUCUGCUUAUUUCAUUUUCCACAUCCUCAGCUCUAGCGUUAUUAGUGGUGAAGGGAUUUUAUCGUUGCUUGUUUAUUAAAGAAUCAGAUUUUUCUAGAAAAGUCUUCAGUCACUUGAAAUGGUCAAAUUAAAUAAUUUCAGUGCUUUUAUUAAUUUGUAACAGUACUGUUAAUAUUUUACCUGUUUUAUGUUGAUGUCAUUCAAAGUCAGAUGUUAGUUUUAUUCAUUACGUUUCAGUUUAUUAUGUCUAAGAGUUAUUAUUAAAUCACAUAAUACCAGCAUUUUCACUCUUUUCCAUUUGUAACUGGAUUGGAGUCUUGAAUGGCUGUUUCCAGGAACAUGUCACACUUUCUGUUUUGGUAUGUAUGAAACUGAAUGUGUACAACUGUAUGUAAAAGCACAGUUUUUGUACUAAUCUGCUUUGAAAUUGUAAUUUAAAAGAAGAGCAAUAAAGGUUGUUUGCAAGUAAAUUUUAAAUGGUAGUCAUAAUAAAUGUGCGCGUAUUUAAUUUAA